AUGCUAAGUGUACCAGAGAAUAUAUGUCUGAUCAUGCUAGCUGGGGAAGCUAUAAUGGGGAUUUUGAUCAAUGUGUUCAUUGGCCUUGUGAACUGCAUAGAUUGGGUGAAAAGUAGGAAGAUAUCGUUGGUGAAUUUCAUCUUCUUGAGUCUGGCCUUCUCUCGAAUCUGUCUGCUGUUGCUUAUGUUAGUCGAUAGGAUGCUGGGGUUACUUUACAGGCACAUAUAUGAAACCAGUGAAACCUUUCUAAUCCUCAGUCAUCUGUGGAUGAUAGCCAGCUACUCCAAUAUCUCCUUUGUCACCUGCCUCAGCGUCUUCUACUUCCUGAAGAUUGCCCACUUCUCCCACCCUCUCUUCCUCUGGCUCAAGUGGAGAAUGAACAGGGUGGUUCUCAUGAUCUUGCUGGGAUCCUCACUAAUGUUCUUGUUUAUAAGUCUUCUGGAAAAAAGGAUGGUAGAAAUGCUGGGAGUUGUCAUAGCAGGUGUUUAUCCCUCAGUCCAUCCUUUCAUCCUGAUUCUGGGAAAUAACAAACUAAGGCAGUCAUCCCUAUGGAUGUGGAGACACUUGGUGUCAGAUUUCUUCAUCGGCCCACCUGACUCUGGUCCUCUGAUCCAAAAGCAAGCAUUUGCAAUGUAG